AUGUCUUCACGAAGAUCUGGGAGGUUCACUAGGGUCACUCCGGAGGAAGAGCGCAUCCCAAUUGGAGCUUAUGUUAGAGCACCAGGAGAUGUUCCAGAAACCCCACUGAACCCGAACGCUAGUCGUGGAUGGGACCAAGGAAGAGGUAGGGGUAGAGGAAGAGCCCGAGGUGCUGUUACAGCACCGAUACCUGUACAAUCGGCCCAUGGUAGCUCUGGAUCCCACCGCGAUCGCGGUCGAGGUCGAGGUCGUGGAAGGGGUCGUGCGGCAAACACGAUCACUAGAGAGGAGUUGGCUGAUGAGAUUGCUCGAGCAAUUCGAGACACCUUACCAGAUGUAGUUUGCUCAGGCACGAGAAGCAAUAAUGGGCAUCAUGGCAACCACGAUCAGCGGGGUUGUAGUUACAAGACGUUCAUGAACUGCAAGCCACCCAUUUUUAACGGAGAAAUUGAUCCCGUUUUGUCAUCAACAUGGAUCAUGGAGAUUGAGGGAACAUUCGAUGGAGAGGAAACAGGUUGGUGGUAUUUGAGUGGUGGAGGUUAUGGGGGAAAUGGAAAUAGAAAUGGAUAUCGGUGGAGAGGAAACCGGUGA